UUCGUUUUUGAAUAAUUCUCCGAGAUGAGAACUGCAACGGUUCUAAUUUGUGCCUUAAUUUACAUUCAAUGUAUCUCAAUUAUCAAUGGUGAUACAGAUGAUAUCAAAGUAUCUCCAGAAGAAUUGGAUGAGGUUGCAAACGCCCUGAACUUCAGGGGAAAAGUUGUGCUAAUAACGGGUUCUUCGGGUGGAAUUGGAGCCACAACAGCACGUCUCCUUGCUAAAUUAGGAGCUCAACUUGUAGUUACUGGAAGAAAUCUAACCAGAAUUAACGAAGUCGUCAAUGAUUGUUAUCAGCUAUCACCCUACCGAUUCAGGCCCCUAGCACUCAGACUUGAUCUUUCGAAUCGAGGAAAUUGUGCAAAACUUGUAAACGCAACGAUAGCUGCCUAUGGUAAAAUCGACGUUUUGGUCAAUAAUGCCGGAAUUGGUCUCGUAGCACCCAUCCAAGAUCCAAAUUUCAAUGAAUUUUAUAGCCAAGUGAGAAAGAUUAAUGAAGAGGCUUCCGUGGAAGUGACUCGCUUGGCUGCUCCAUACAUACAAAGUUCAAGUGGGUCAGUCAUUUUUAUAGCGAGCAUACUCGGUUGGAAUCCGGUUUCUUCUACUGGAGGCUACAGUAUGUCCAAAAAUGCUAUUACUGCCAUCGCAAAGACAUUAAGCCAUGACUUGGGUCCAAACGUGCGAGUGAAUAUAGUCAGUCCAGGCAUCGUAGAUGGAACCCGUAUCUUCCGUCUAAUGGAUCCAGGGGUCCGUCCACUUCUGAUUCAAAACUCUAUUGCAUCGUCAUCAAUGAGACGUGCAGGAGUACCACUUGACAUUGCAAAACUCAUUGUGUUUUUGGCAUCAAAUUUAUCCGGCUGUCUUGAUGGACAAAAUCUACACGCCGACCAGGGUGCAUAUGUCCCACUGUUGUAAAUGUGGAAAGAUUCUGAUCUGCGCAAUAAAAUUCUGAACAUUUC